UUACUGAUUUAAUUUAUACUGUUUUUUCUCAGAUAAGAUCUAUUAAAAAAUGGAUGCAAUUAAAAAGAAGAUGGUUGCUCUCAGAGAGGAGACAGACCGAGCUGUUACUAAAGCAAACGCUCUUGAGAGUGCAGCUACUGAAGCUAAUGAUAGAGCAGAAAAGAUGGAGGAGAAACAACGACAUUUUCAAAAGAAAUUAAAUGAAAAGGAAAACCAGCUGGAUUCAAUGAAUGAAUCUUUAAUCCUAGCAGAGAUUAAAGCAGAGGAAAAAGAAAAACUAUUUAGAAUAGCAGAACAAGAUAUUGCUCAGCUGGAGAGAACAAUAAUACUCAAGGAAGCACAGGUUGAAAGAAGUGAGGAUACAUUAGGGAAUAAUACAACAAACAUGGUUGUAUACAGCCAGAGGGCAGAUGGUGCAGAACGUAUCAGGAAACAGUUGGAAAUAGAGACAACUUGUAGAGAGGAUAACAUAGAACAACUUGAAAAUAAACUUAAGGAAGCAAAGUACUUGGCAGGAGAUGCAGAGAGGAAGUGGGAGGAAGUAGCGAGGAAGCUGAAUAUGCUGGAAACAGAUCUUAACAAGGCAUUAAACAAGGCGGAUGGAAGUGAAGAUAAAAUAAUUGCUCUGGAAACUGAACUUAGGAUCGUCGGAGAUAACAUGAAAUCAAUGGAGGUGAGCGAAGAGAAAGCGCAUCUAAGAGAAGAUGUUCUAAAGGAUCAAAUACGACAUUUAUCAUCUAGGCUCAAGGAUGCAGAGCGUAGAGCGGAGUAUGGAGAGAUGAAUGUGCAGAGAAUCCAUCUUCAGAUAGAUCAACUAGAAGAUGAACUCAUUGCUCAGAAGCUCAAGUGUAAAGCAAUCAAUGAUGAACUCCAACAAACUUUCACCGAAAUGAGCCAACUUUAUUGAGUCAAAUCUAUCAACUUUAUUGAGUCAAAUCUAUCAACUUUAUUGAGUCAAAUCUAUCAACUUUAUUGAGUCAAAUCUAUCAAUUUUAUUGAGUCAAAUCUAUCAACUUUAUUAAGCCAAAUUUAUCAACUUUAUUUAGCCGGAUCUAUCAACCUUAUUAAGCCAAAUUUAUCAACUUUAUUAAGCCGGAUCUAUCAACUUUAUUAAGCAAAAUUUAUCAACUUUACUAAGCCAAAUCUAUCAACUUUAUUAAGCCAAAUUUAUUAACUUUAUUAAGCCGAAUACAGUGUAUAACAUUGUACAGCAUUGAACAGAUAUAUAAAAUAAAAAAGUUUGCGUGCAGCUAGCUGUAAUGGUUCCCGCUGGCAGUGGAGCAAAAGGUAGAAUAGAAAUGUUUAAUCGAAUUGCAAUGUUUGAGAAAACUUAAGAAACUUAAAUUUAUAUUAUUUGGUUUAGAUUUGAGUGUGCUAAUCACCCUUUGACAAAUAUUAGGCUAUACACAAUUUGUUAAAAAAAAA